CCGAGAAAAGAAGCAGUCGAGCUGUGGAACGCGAUACACGCGACACGCCAUGACUGCACAGAGGCCUUGCACGCGUUGCUGAUUCGCUUCCGGGCGCGAAAUGGAAUGAAUGAUGCCCUGCUGGCUGCUGCUAGUGACACCUUCUCACGGGUUUUUACUACAGUUCAUGAGGAACAUGCCAGUGCCGGAGGUCUCACUGCGCUUAAAGCGGUUUCCGAAGAACUGAAGCAAAGCCGAAGGUUUGUACUCGCUGUGGUUCACCUGGAUCGAUGGUUUAAGGAACAUCCCGAGAGACGUGAAGAUCUAAUUCGUCCCGCCGGCAUCCUGGAUUGCUUGCUAUUCAAACCACAACAUACGCCGCUAACUCCAUUACCGCCGGCUAUAUGCUUCGAAAUCAAGUUCAGAAGAACGAGGUUUGCCACACCUGUUUUCGAUUUUGCUCCAAUGGUUGCUGUUGUUCGUCCUUUCCUACGCGGAGUCGUCGGCCCCUCAGACGAAUCGCGGGAAUCAUGGCAGAGGUCCCGUGAGGCUGCUGCUAUGAAUUUGUUUGAAAGUAUCGCUGAUGAAGUCGAGAAUUUUCAAGGCGGCAGUAGACUUCAUUUAACAGCAAGUCGGUUGGUUCGCCUGUUAGUGCGAGCAGAUUUCCGUCUUGCUUCGUACACAUGUCUGGCUUCAGACUUCGAGUCAAUGCAAACAGAUGGUUCCGUGGAAUGGCAGCAAGGACGCGGCUCUACGGGGAGUGACCACAGCGGUGAAAAAGACGGCGAUGCUGCGUCACCGCCAGAACGUCACAGUGGCGAUCCAGAAGCGAUGGGAGGCCUUGAAAAACAGAAACAAGAAACAGAAUCAGCACUGCCGAUUCCACAGCUUGAGGCAGAAUGCGCGCGCACGUGGGAACGACUCGGGGUGUUUGGCGAAGGCUCAUCCGAGCUCCGCACGGCGUUACUAGAGGCAGCAGUGACACUCGCACACGCGGCGCUCAGCAAAGCUGGGGAAACCGCAGAAGGGCAGGAAGGCAUCGACAAACUAGCCGCUUUGGAGGAAGCAUUCAGCCAGCAGCUGUUUGAUAUUGACCUAUUCAGUCUGGUGGGUCAGGUACUUCAGGAACGACCGGAAUUACUACAACACGUUGCUCCGGACUCCGAUUUGCUCCUCUUCGUGGACAGAAAUGAGAUGCGACGUUCAAGCAGACAAAGCAGUGUCCAGAGGGGCGCAGAUGGCGACGGCUCUGACAGAGCCGGAGCCGGCCUCGAACAGCUGAAUCAAGGAUCUUCCACGGCUUUCGGCGAAGCGUUCCAAGCGUUACUUAAUGCUUCGGGUGCUUCGGGAGAAAAUUUUGAAGCAAGUAUUAAGGAUCUGUCGACGACUCUGUUGCCGAGCCUGCAAUCGGCUGCGAUAGAAAUGCGCAGCAAACUUCUACUUGUCUCCGUGAAUGCUCACACGGUAGAAUCUCUUUUUGUCAGUGUUUCACGGCUUCGAUUUCUGACGAAAUAUAUCUUCUUUUUAGAGAAACAAGGCUUCCUGGAUCGGCUACAGGAUCAGAAGAAGGCUGGCUGCAUCAGGGAGCAAACGCGUGCAGAGCGUGAGGUAUCACAGUCGCUGAUCAUGCUGUCGAACUCACCUCAUGCAGCUAGUGACAUGAAACGGAUGCUGGAUGAUCUCGUUGGCAGCGGAAUCCAAAGAAACAUGGAUGCAUUCCUCGAAGCGGUCUCUCCUGGUGAUAGACGCGAACCACGGCCCCUUCGCGAGUCGUUCCUACGCUUGCGACCAUUGUUUUCCCGUUUCGUCAACAUACAAGCCAUGCAAGUGUGGCUGCAAGCACACCCUCAUGUGAUAGAGAAUUUGCCGAGGACCGGAGUCUUGUUUUUUCAAGUGCCGUUGCUCAAUCCACUGCAGGAAGGCAAAGGUCCCGUCGUUCCGGGCACGAGAUCUGUGUCGCCGAGGGGAUUUUUGCUGUUCGGACUCGCGAAUUACUCUCGACAUUUCCACCUCAUUGAACCUUACUGCCGGGAAGGGGAUCUGCCACCAGACGAUGUUGCAAGCCAAACGGAGUGGGUACAAACAGUGACCAGUACCCUUAACAUGGCUUACGGCAGACUCAAGGCCGACUACUCGAUUUAUUUGGUCUACCCGAAGGCGCAUGCAGAACCGAUCUUGAGGUGCCUCAUAAGCACCGAAACGAGUCUUAUACGUUUCUCAUUCCUUGCGAGACAAACGCCUGCUUUACUGGAAGCUGGGUCUCCGUUUCAUCGACUCAUGGAAUACCACAGCAGAGUGGUAGCUCUGUGUUGGGAAACGUUGGGAUUUUAUGGACCCAUGGCUGAGGAUACGCGGGACAUGUUACUUCGCCAUGUGCUUCAACCGGACGGUGCCAGAAUCCAAGCGUCACUUAGAGCAAAUGCAGAAGGUUCUUUUUCGGAGCGGUUACGUCAACAACGAAUCGCCAUUAUUAAACGACUACAGCACAUGCAAUUGCUGACGCUUCUGUCUGAGUGGAUGCAAGCGAAUCCUAGCGUCCUCCAGAACCCUUACCUGGCGACGGACUCGGUUCUCCUGGCGGCGAUUCUAGACGCCUCGCCGGAACGACGACAAGGAUCCCAUCAGGGAGCCGUGGGAUCGGGAUUCGAUACAGAUGAUUCAGACACUGAAGAUUCCAGGCCAGUUGAAGCUAAAGCACGUCGACAUGGGCGCUCGAGGUUGUGGCGCCCCUCUGCGCCGAGACACGGAUCAGGCGCUUCGUCCUCGACCCCCCGUCGGGCUGCCAGGCCUUCCAAAUCCUCACAACCGCCUUCACUCGGUCCACAACGCCACAGCAGGGCUCGCGGUUCUGACAGCGCUACCGAGACUGCAGGAGCUCCACCAGAAGGCGAGAGAGGAAGCGCCGAAGGCAAAGGGCGAACUGAAACCCCGGCACAGACUGCCGCGGACGCUUCGGAAUCUGAGCAGGAAGCAGUGGAGUUAGGAAGGCAAGAACCGACCGACCGCUCCGACGGUGACAAAGCAGGUGGAGUCGACGAACAACAAGAGGAAACACCCUCCCCGUUACGGCAAGAGGAGGUAGACGCUGCUCUCGCAUUAAUGUUUUUGAGUUUACCAAAAGACAGGCCGGUCGAAGAACGCUCCUCGAUCCCCCUGCAAGACGUGGGCGGUAUGCAAAGUGAAGGCACGCCCAUGGAUGGGUCGAGAGAAGAACAGGCACGAGACUCCACCCGCAGCACAUCAGGUAUAAGUGCCUACGAUGCCCAUGUUCCAGAAGCGGAACACGAAGACGUUGAUUUGUUAGGCUGGGAUCAACCUCUCGAUCUAUCGAUGCGCCGACGACGCAGCCGAGGUGACGGUGAAGAGGGGCCAAUGGAUCUCGGGAGAUAG